CUUUCUGUGAACGACAUUCAAGUUGACGGGUUCGAUAUAGCUCGUCAAGAUGGUGAACGGUAGGAUACCUACGGUAUGUUCGAAGACAUACGUGACCCCAAGGCGCCCCUAUGAAAAGGCGCGUUUGGAUCAGGAAUUAAAAAUAAUCGGAGCUUUCGGUCUCCGCAACAAACGCGAAGUAUGGAGGGUAAAAUACACUUUGGCUAAAAUCCGUAAAGCUGCCCGUGAGUUGCUUACUUUGGAAGAGAAAGAGCCCAAAAGAUUGUUCGAAGGUAACGCGCUUUUGCGUCGUCUUGUACGCAUUGGUGUGUUGGACGAGAACAGGAUGAAGCUCGAUUACGUUUUGGGCUUGAAGAUCGAAGAUUUCUUGGAGCGCCGUCUGCAAACGCAGGUUUUCAAAUUGGGGUUGGCCAAGUCCAUCCAUCACGCUCGCGUGCUCAUCAGACAAAGACACAUCCGCGUCCGCAAGCAAGUGGUGAACAUUCCCUCGUUCAUUGUAAGGUUGGACUCGCAGAAGCACAUCGAUUUCUCCCUGAAAUCGCCCUUCGGCGGUGGCAGGCCUGGACGCGUUAAGAGGAAGAACCUUCGUAAAGGAACUAGCGGCGGUGCUGUAGAAGAAGACGAAGAAUAAACUGUAAAAUAACACAAUAAAAAUUGUUAUUUAUACACAA